AUGUCCGCACCUCUCGCAGUUAUGAUUCCUAACAGCCGGUCAAAACAGGUUUUGUUUGCAUUCCUAUGUGUGUCGCCAGUGCUCGCUUUACCCGAAUGGACGCCUCCGCUCAGCACGCGUGGCCGUUAUGUCGUCGACGCGACGGGCGCACGCUUCAAACUCCAUUCCGGCAACUGGCACGGUGCAUCUGGGACUUGGACCGGAGUUGGUGACCAAAACAACGAUGACAAUUCACACUAUAACGAAAACUCGCACAAUCUGCCGCUUGGCCUACAGUACAUGCCCAUCGACACCAUUCUCGACGCUUUCGAAUCACUCGGUAUCAAUUCCAUUCGCCUGCCGUUUAGCAACCAGAUGAUCCAUGACCCGACGCCCAUCCUGGAUUACUGGGUUGCAGCCAACCCGCAGCUCAGGGGCAUGACGCCUCUCCAAGUCUACGUAGAGUGCGUCAAAGCGCUUACUUCCAGGGGUUUUGCGGUUAUCCUGAAUAACCAUACGAAUAAGAAUCGAUGGUGCUGCGGUGUAGGUGAUGGAAACGAACGGUGGAAUGAGAGUCAGACGACGCAACAGUGGGCAGACGAUUGGGUGAUGAUGGUCAAGCUCUUCAAGGACAAUCCGCGCGUUGUCGGUGCCGACUUGUACAACGAAGUCCGACGAGACGUCCUCAUUGAUCCAAACUGGGGUUGGGCGAUCGAAUUCUCACAGAAGCGAAUCCGGAUAUUCUCAUCAUUUAUCGAAGGCAUCAACUGGGUCGGCCUUCCUGUUGAUGGUCUUCCACAUGGACGACCGACGCUUAGCGGCGCAGCCACCAUCAGCCAUACGCUCGUUCAGUCGGACAAGUUGGUGUAUGCGGCACAUUUCUAUUCGUAUACAGGACCCAACCACAGCGGCGCGUUCGGGAUAGGAGAGACCCAUGAUCCACGCUAUCGAGAUCUCAAUCUGCAGCAGUUGAGGGAUGUCGUAGAGUCGUCAGCGACAUUUGUCGUCAACCAGCCGGACAAGCACUUUACACGGCCUCUUUGGAUCAGUGAGUUUGGUAUUCCAGGACGCGGAAUCAUAUCCGAUGCGGACAGAAACUGGUUCGACAACUUCCUCUCCAUUCUCAAGACCAACGACCUCGACUACGCCUUCUGGCCACUGAUCGGUUAUCUACGCAACGGACAAGGCAACGGUUGGGCGUUGAUCAACUACGACCUCUCGAACAACCGCCAGGAUUCGCUUAAUGACGGCAAUGACUGGCGGCGUGAUCGAUGGUACGACCUUGUCAACGCCACGACACUCAAAGAAGUGUCAACAACUCGACCAAUUGGCGGAUGA